AUGGAGUUGAACAAUGUUCAAAAGUCUCAGAUGAUUCGUAAACGCAUGAUCAUCGGUGCUGUUACCGCUAUUAUUGCUUCUGUCCUUGCUUUCCUUAAUGUUAAAAAAUCUAGGACUAAAAGACCUAAAAUAGUUAGGCAACCUUAUGUUAAUAGGGAUAGCUUAAGGGAGGCUAAUAUCGAUAGUGUUUUAUAUUGUGGUGAUAGUCAUUGUCUUGGACAGAUUCGCAUGAGGCCUAGUGCUUUUUUUAGCUUCUGUAAUAUCUUGGUUGAAAGGGGACUUUUGUCUAAAAGAAAACAAAUGAGCGUUAAAGAGCAAGUACUUAUUUUUUUAUACUUGUUGGGUCAUAAUGUAAGAUUUAGGGAUGUUGGGGGGAGUUUUUUUCGAUCUACUUGGACUAUACAUUGCUAUUUUCAUAUUGUGCUCCAAGCAAUCCUUCGGUUGUACCCAUAUUUAGUGAAUCCACCAGGAACUCAUAUGCAACCAGAAAUUCAGAACAAUCCUAGGUUUUUUCCUUGGUUUGAAGACUUCAUAGGUGCUAUAGAUGGGACUCAUGUACGUGCAUCAGUUCCUAUUGAGAUGCAAGAGAGAUUUCGAGGAAGAAAGGAUAAGACAACACAAAAUGUACUAGCGACCGUAGACUUUGAUCUAAAGUUUACUUAUGUGCUUGCUGGCUGGGAGGGUUCUGCCCACGACUCAAGGGUUUUGGGUGAUGCACUUAGAAAGGGAUUUAAGGUUCCCGAAGGGAAAUACUAUCUUGCUGACGCUGGGUAUGGGGACCGUAAAGGUUUUAUGCCUCUAUUUAGACGUGUUCGUUACCAUUUGAAGGAGUAUACCGACAAUCCUCCCGAGAAUGAAAAAGAAUUAUUCAAUCUUCGCCAUUCUUCACUGAGGAUGUGUAUAGAGAGGGCAUUCGGGGUGUUAAAAAAGAGAUUUCGCGUCCUAGAUGCUGAGCCUUUUUGGUCAUAUGAAACCCAAGUGGAUGUGGUUAUUGCUUGUUGUGUGAUACAUAACUACCUAAGAGGUGUUGAUCCCAAUGAUGCAAUUACACGAGAGGCCGACUUGGAGGUUGAAACACAUGACAUAAGGAAAUCGCUUACUCAAAAGAAAAUUCUUGAGGAAACCAAAGAGUGUGUGAAAAAACGAAAUUCUAUAGCAUUGGCCAUGUGGAAUGCAUAUAAGAAGCACCGAACUAAUUGA